AAGAUGACGUUACAAUGUUCAAAUUAAUAUGGUUUUUAAUUGCGUUUUUCACAAGCAUUUUUCUAUUCCUUAUACUUAUUUUAAUUAGAGUCAUCGAUUUGGACGAAGGCGGCGAUGCUGGUGUCGGAGUCAGGCUUAAAUGGAAAUUCUGAUAUAUUUGUUAAAAUUGUCGGCCCCGAGGGUCAGGUCUUCUCCUCAUACUUCGCUGAAGACACACUAAUUGAGGAAGUAAAGAACCGAUCCAUUGAUUACUUCUAUCCGAACGGCGAAAACAGCUCUAGCAGGUUUAAGAUCGUCAGAGUUUCUGACACAACGACAUUACAUGACUUUCUCACGCUGUCACAGGAGCAGGUAGCUAUGUUCGACGAAUUAUUAUUGAUCGAACGACGGACACCCGAAGCUGGAACUCUAUGGGAUCUUGGAUCAGUAAGAGCACCACAACCAAAUGCUAUAGCAGCUGCAACAGCAUCUCUACCAACUCCACUAAACCCAAUGCGACAGCCAAACUUACAGUCUCUACUAUCAACCAACGAACUCACGUUUGAGCUGCGAAAAAUUCUCAUAUCUUUAAUAGAAGCUGGAGCAAGGUUAGCAGCAGCUGGUAGAAGCUACGAACUGACAUUAGCUCAAUUAUCAGCUGCAUUGGACGAACCACAGCGUAACCAGCAGUUUACGGUUCAGGUCAUAACGCCGGAGGAGAUCGCAGCUAGGUUCAACUCCUCUGAAGACGGAAACACAUCGUUGGCAUCAAAUUGUGACGAAACCUAUCGACGAGCAGAGCAUUUGCAGCGAUUUCUGGAUAAAUUCCGUGCUUGGAGAACGAAAAUCAUGGAGCCGCCCAAUCCUGAAGCAUUGGUCUCUUUAAAAGACCUAGGAUUUUCUUUGGAAGAUGCAGAGACCGCUCUACGAUACACGGGUAGCAAUGUUCCAGCAGCAGCGUCUUGGUUGAUUGGUGAAAGGGGCUCCAGUGUUUUUGAACUUAUAAAUGGUCUUCCCGAUGGCCAUAUUUUGGAGACGUUACUCAAACAACCGCAAAUACAAAGAGGGCUCUUGAAUACACGAAUGUUGAUAGCAUUUAUAGCCAUGGUGGGGCAUACAGGUAAUGCGUCACUGUGGCUGAAUUCCCCUCAUGGGAAUCCCUUAUUAUCACAAAUAUCUAGAACAUAUCAUUCGGAGAAAUAUUGUAUGGCUGUGAAUCAGUUUUCUGAAAAACUGGAUGCGCCGUCGACUUCCACACGAGAGUAAUAAAGACUUUUUGUCA